AUGGCUCGUGGCGCGUGGGUUCUGGCCAUCGGAUGCAUGUGCAUGUGGGCACUGAGCAGCCGAAGCUUCGUGAAUGGACCCACCAAAGCUCGCGAAGUCUCCGUGGCCGCGGCUGCGGAAACCGCAGAGAUGCCAGGCAUCACCACAGACAUGCCGGCGGAGAGGCCUGGCUACUACCCAGUGGGCAACUCCAAGCAGACCGCGCCCUACGGCGAGCGUGAUCCUCUCCCUGAAGGUUAUGGCAUCCGCACUGGCCUGUCGGACCUCCUCAAGCCGUUGAACUCCGAGGCCGGCGUGGUGGCCAAGGAAGACAGCAUCCCCACCGUGCUGGUGAUGGUGACGGGCAUCGUGAUGCUCUUCUUGUUCUACUUGCUGCUCCUGCUGCUUGACAACCAGUCGGUGCUGCUGCCUCCUGAGGACGAGCUUCUGGGUCGCAGUCGGGAUUGGACACCUUGA